CAUAAGAACACAGAGCAAAAGUUAAUAAUGUCAAAAUUAGGGAGAGCAUACAUACAUUACGUAUGCUUCCUCCCUCUGCGGAUGCAUCAUACCGCCCCAUCGCUAAAUGGUCCCACACGGCACCGUUCCCUAUGAACAAUAUCAAUGAUCCAACGACUCACAUUAAAGUUGCAUGAAAAACGAGAAAUGGAUUAUGAGGAUAAUUGUUUCUUCCAUGAGAGUCACGGCGACGAGUUCCUCAGAGACAUCCUACAGCAAACGCCUUCAGCUUUCUCUUCCGAAAGUGAAAGCGAUCACUCAUUUCACGCCGUUCAAAACAAUUCCAUCCCCAACGUCGCCGUUGCCGCUUCAGACGGCGCCGCUUUGAGUCAGACUCAGAGGCAUGGGAACUUAAUCAAAAGCAACAGCUCCAACUCCUCAGACGGUUCCAAUUCCAAACGACCUCGUCGUUUCUCUUCUCCAAAGACGUACAUUCUGUCGUUCGACAACUCAACUAUGGUACCGGCCACACCCGAACCCUGCCUCAAUUAUGACCAAUUAUUGGGCGGCGAUGGCGUGGGAAGCCUCAGGCCUUCUAAACGAGCCCACGAGAGUCAAAGCCCGGAACCCAAAGCAAGGCCCAAUCAAGGAGCUAAGAGGGCCCGAAGCUCUUCUCAGACUUUCGAUCACAUAAUGGCAGAGAGACGAAGAAGACAGGAACUCACAGAGAGGUUCAUAGCACUCUCGGCCACCAUUCCAGGCUUGAACAAGACGGACAAGGCUUCUGUACUUCGAGCAGCAAUAGAUUAUGUGAAACAACUUCAAGAAAGGGUACAAGAACUAGAAAAUCAAGACAAAAAGGGGGGUGUAGUAGAAUCAGUGAUAUUGAUGAAGAAACACGAUCUGAAUGGGAAUGAAGACACCACCUCAAGUGAUACCACCUCUGAUAAUUGUAGCAUCCUUCCCGAGAUGGAAGCAAGAGUGUUGGGAAAUGAGGUUCUCAUUGAGAUCCACUGUGAGAAAGAAAAUGGCAUUGAACUCAAAAUACUCGACCACCUUGAAAAUCUUCAUCUCAUUGUCACCGGUAGCAGCGUCUUGCCAUUUGGGAAUUCCGCUCUUUGCAUUACUAUCAUUGCUCAGAUGGGUGACGAGUACAAAAUGACAGUGGAUGAACUAGUGAAAAACCUUAGAAAAGUGCUCUUGAAGUCACAUGUGCUAUGCGACAGUGAUCCGUACUAGUGUAUCAAACAAAGUUGUAGGUAUGGAAUUGGAAAGUUUUGAACUGUGGCCAUCUUCGAAUUUGGUUCCUUUAUGUAUUGAUCGUAACAUUAAAUAAGCAAAGUGUAUGUUCGAG